AUGUCUAUAAGAGGUAAUGCAAUGAAAAAUCUUGUAAACUUGGAAGAACUACAUAUAUCUGCAGAAUAUCUUUGGUUUUUAUACAAAAAUUCAUUUGCUGGCCUUGACAAGCUUACAAUUCUCAGUUUAUCCGGAGGUAAUCAACAUUUUACAGCUAGUCUUACCAGUGCAAUAGAAAGUAAAAACAUACUAACUAACCUGGAAGCAUUUUCUAUAAGAAAUACAGUUUUACUUAAACAAGGGAAGAAGACUGUCAAAGCCAUAAUAACUAAACCUUCAAAAUCACUUGAUAUGAAUUUUAUAACAACAGAUGAGUUUAACUUUUUUCAGUCGCUAUGGUUUCCUAAAUGUCCUGAAAAAAUAAAUAUAUCUUUCUCAAACUUCAACAAUGAAUAUUUUGGUUACGGAGUAAACUUCUUUCUACUGCGAGAGUCAUUCAAAUCCGAAUAUACUCAUAGUGGUUUUUCGUUUAUUUCAUCUACUCAUAAAGAUCAUUAUUUAAGAUCGCAUAAGUUAAACUUUGCAAAACGGAUUAAAUCCAGAAGGAUUAAGGACUUGAAAGUACUUGAUGCAAGUUACGUUUCUUCGCCAAUGGUAAAUGGAUAUGUUCAAUAUGUACUUGAAUUAAAGAACAAAACUAUUACACUUCCAUUAGAGAUCGUUACACUUGUAUCGAGAGCAGAAAUAGUUAAUAUAUCAGGCAUUUACCAACAUUAUAAAACUAUCAAACUAGAAAGUCUCUCUGUUAGCAUAGUCCAGUAUUUUUCACGACACAGCCCAACAAGAGAGCUUAUUGUUAAAAACAACCGCUUAGAGUACCUUGAUGUUACAUUUCUGUGCAGUGAAUCAAAGCUGGAAAAACUGGAUUUAUCUUCAAAUGUCAUUGAAUUCAUUCAUCCGAAUAUGUGUUCUUGUUGUACGAAACUUCUUGAGAUCAAUCUGUCGAGCAAUAAUUUAUUCAAAAUGGCGGAAAGGAAUUAUUCUUUAUUUGGGCAACUUAUUUCUUCAUACCAAAAUCUCAAGAACGUUAUAUUGUCAUCAAACAAGCUGAGUGAAAUUCCUACAGAAAUGUUUCAUGAAAAUAUGUACUUAGAACAAAUUGACUUGUCCAGUAACGUAUUAACAAAGAUCUCAUUUAAUCUCGGACAUGUAUUGAAUCUGAAAACCAUAAACUUAAGAAACAACAGAAUUUCAGUGCUUGAUCAAACGUCGUUGACUAACAUUCAGAUAUUAAAUGCACCAAGUUCCAAGUCAAGUCAAAGUUUUGGAAUUCUGAAGAUAAAUGACAACCCAAUCUUGUGUUCUGAAUGUAAGACCUUACCUUUCAUAAAAUGGUUAGCAUCUACGUCUCUCGUUGAACGUAGUGGCAAUAACAUAUUCUGCAAAAAUCAUAAAGGUACUCGUAUUCAUGCUGAUCAAAAUGCUGCAGAGCAGCUGCAAGAAGAGUGUGAUAAACCGGAGCGGAUAAAAAAUGUCAUUAUUUUGUCCUCUGUGAUACCCAUAGCAGCCACUAUACUAAUUGUUAUUUCUAUUUGCACAUGGUUGAGAUAUCGACGAUACAGGCUUAGAAGGGGUAAAAUUGAAGAAAAGAUAAAACUUAUUCAACGAAAUCAGCUGGACACAAGAUUUGUAGUAUUUCUAUCAUACAGCAGUGAAGACACUGACUUUUUGAACGAGUACGUUUAUAAUCCACUAAAGAUUCGCUUACAAGAAAAGUUACAAACUGAACGAGAUAUAAUUUGUCUUGGUGACAGACAUUUUCAACUCGGUAAGCCAAUAAAUGAUGAAAUGGUUCAAACACUUCAACAAUCAGCAGUUGUUCUCCUACUUUUUUCACGUAAUUUCUGUAGCAGUGAAUUCUGUCGAAUGGAGUUUGAUCAUGCCCUUUUCAUGAAAAAACCAUUUAUUGUAAUGGUAAAAGGUGAAAUAGAUAUAAAUGACAUGGUACCUAGCAUGCAGGAAGUUUUUAGGAGAAAUACGCGGUUACUUUGGGAAAGAGAUGGGAACAUUUUUGUCAUGAAAACUUCAUGGGAUAAUGUGAUUUUCUCAAUUUUAGAACUCAUUUAG